AUGACCAGCAGAAUCGGCCAAUACAAGAACCAUGGGCGUGCAGAACGAUAUUUCUCGGAUCUGCGAAAGCGAUGUGCCGCGAAUCUAAAGGACAAGCGCCUCGAGCUGCUCGACCAACGGCGAAAGAUGAGCUCGGUCGAAUCCCUGAUCCGGAGCACAGCGGCCGCCGAAUUCCCCGAUGAGGAGCUGGACGACGAGAUGGUGAUGCGACUGCAGGUUGAGCUGCUGCAAGAUGAAUACCUCGAACUUCAACAAGACGAAGAGCGUGCCUGCUACGAGGCGAAUUUUGCCGAUACGCUCGAGUGCCCAUCAUGUAAGAGUCGCGCUAUCCUCGACGAAAACUUCCUCUACUGCGCCAAUUGUCGUUUUGCGCAUCGUUUUUCGGAGUCUUGGAGUCCAGACAUCCAACAGCUGGACGCUUGGUUGAUCGACACUUACAAACAACACGAAACGAGCUGCUCGCCGAUUCUUGAGGUUGCUUCCAGCCGAUACGCCGACCGACCGCUUCAACUCAACUGCCCGUUUUGCGGAUUCGAAAAAUCGUUUGUUGCC